AUGAAUACUCUAAAUGAUUAUGAAAUUAUAGAGAAAAUAGGAUCUGGUUCUUAUGGAGAUGUGAUGUUAGCAAAAUGCAAAGCAAACGGAUAAUUAGUAGCAAUAAAAGCGAUGGAGAAAAGAUUGCUGAUUAAGGUUCAUAAUGUAAUAAUUGACUAGGAAAAAAAACAAUAUCAAGUGUUUAUUGAGAAAGAGGUGUUGUCAAGGGUUCAGCAUCCUGGUUUGAUAAAUAUGAUUGCUAGUUUCCAGAGUUCAGCAUAAAUUUAUUUAGUGUUAGAGUUUAUGGAAGGAGGAGAUUUUGCUAAUUUCUUAAAAAUAAAUAGUAAUGGCAAAUAGUGAUUUUAGGAAACAUGUCUUAUAACUCUAUAGUAUUUUAUACUGCAGAAAUAGUAACAACAUUAGAAUAAUUACAUUCUAAUGGAAUUGCGCAUAGAGAUGUGAAAGUAAUAAAUUUUAGAUGAUGUUAAAGCCAGAAAACAUAAUGGUGGCAAAUAAUUUACAUAUAAAAAUGAUAGAUUUUGGAACAGCUAGCUUCUUUGAUGAACAUAAUUUGCCAGAUAAUGUUCGUGAUAAAUUGAAUGAAUUAAGAGAGAUUAGCAAAUAAGAUGAAAGAUUUUUAGAUGAAAUCGACCAAUAUCAAUAGAAACAUAAAGCUACAUUUGUUGGAACUGCAGAAUAUGUAUCACCUGAACUUUUGGAGGAUGAUAUUUGUGGUCCAUAAGCAGAUUUAUGGGCUUUAGGAUGUAUAAUUUAUAAAAUGUUCACUGGAACAACUCCUUUUUGUGAUUAAACAGAAUAUUUAGUAUUUUAGAAGGUCAGAUCUUGUCAGUAUNUAUAUAAAAUAUCAUCCAAAUAUAUGUAUUUUCGUUUAAAAAUUCUUAAGAUUUUAUUUAUAAUAAAAAACUUAUGA